UGGAGGAGCAAGCUGUAGUGUUAGAGAAGGUGUCAUGGUCUAUAGACAUGAAACAAUGAUUCAACGAUGAACUGUGCAAAAUUCAAGUUAAUGCUGCAAAAAACAGUAUUUUCUUAACCAAAACUACUUACCAGAAGUUAAUAAAUGAUGUACAAAAAGCCAAAAUGACUACUAAGAAGGAACCCAGGGACUAUUGGUUGCUGAAUCGCUAUGAUGUGAUGAUUGUAGAAAACAAAAGUAAACUCAUUUAUCCUGUUAAAGAAGGCGUCAGUACUAUACAGUAUUACGUCACGGACUCAGAGUUAUUUCACGUACUUCAUGAAGCUCAUUUGGCUAUUGGACACGGAGGACGUGAUAGAAUGUUGAAAGAACUUUCAAUCAAAUACAAAAAUGUUACACGUCAUGAUAUUGAACUGUACAUCCACCUUUGUGAACCUUGCCAGAAAAAACAGAAAGGUAUUAAAAAGGGCAUUGUUGUGAAACCUAUGAUUUUUUCCGAAUUUAAUUCCCGUUGUCAAGUAGAUCUUAUUGACUUUCAGUCUCAGCCAGAUAGAGAAUACAAAUUUAUUAUGGUGUACCAAGAUCAUCUCACAAAAUUUGUGAUUCUUAAGUCUCUAACGUCGAAAAGAGCUGAAGAAGUAGCCUACAACCUAGUGGACAUAUUCUCGUUGCUUGGAGCGCCGUCUAUAUUACAGUCUGACAAUGGUAGGGAAUUUGCGAAUAAUGUGGUGACCAGCUUGAAGGAGUUUUGGCCAGCACUGAAGAUCGUCCAUGGGAAGCCUCGCCAUUCACAAAGCCAGGGUAGUGUCGAAAGAGCUAAUCAAGAUAUCGAAAAUAUGCUCUGUACUUGGAUGCAGGACAACAAAUCUGACCGCUGGAGUGAAGGACUACGUUUCGUUCAAUUUAUGAAAAAUAGAGCUUAUCAUUCUGGGAUCAAAAGAACACCAUACGAAGCUCUUUUUGGCUGCAAACCUAAAGUAGGGCUUUCUUUUCUACCAGAAUUAAAAGACAUAAAUACAGAGGAGCAGCUAGAAAAAGUAAUAGAAAGCGUCAAAACAAUGGAAAAAGGUGAAACUAAUCAGAUUACGCAAGAUGAGAUUAUAGUCGUUAGUGGAGUAAACCAACACGAUGAAGACAUGCUUACUGAAGAGAUUUCCGUUUCUGAUACCUGUUGUGUGUGUUUAAAGGAAACAAGUGAUGCACUUGCAUGCAAAAAAUGUCGUCAAAAAAUUCAUACCUUCUGUGGCCAUGCUAGUAAAGAUGAUGAAAUGGAUAUUUUGUGCACCCUUUGUUUCAAAACUGAAAAUGCUAUUGAAGGUAAAAUAAAUUCUAAAAUCAAUCUGGAAAUACAAGCCAAAAAAUGAAAAUAAAUUCGGAAAAAAAAUUUCCCACUGCUUCUUUGGGAACUACUGUGCGAGUUCCUAUUCCUGACGUCGACAAGGGGCGAGGUGAUUCGCGCAAUAUAUUGGCAAUUGUAAUGAGUGUGACAGAGGAUGGUUUCUACCGACUUGG